AUUCCCUUUUGAAUCUGGUCACUCUUCUCACAGGUCCCACUUACUCCAUAUAACCGAGUCCACUUUUUCACCAACACCUGAGCGCUCAGCCUUGAAUCAAGAUGGAAUUUUCCUCCUUUUCCAACUAUGGACUUCAGUGGUACCUCAAGGAGCUAAACAAGGAAGAAUUUCAGACGUUUAAGGAAUUACUAAAGGAAAAGUCUUCAGAAUUGUCGACAUGCUCUCUACCAUGGCUUGAAGUGGAUAAUGCCAACGUGGAAUGUCUAGCCUUGCUCUUGCACGAGUAUUAUACAGGACCUCUUGCCUGGGACAUAUCCAUUAACAUCUUUGAAGAGAUGAGCCUGUUAUUACUCUCUGAGAAAGCAAGAGAGGAGAUGAAAAAACAUUCACUGGCUAAAAUACCAGAAGAUUCUGAACCGAUAAAGACUGACCAAGGACUAAGCAAGGACACAUUACCAGAAAUUUCUCAAGCUAUGAAACAAGACGAUGGCACAGCAGAGACCAAAGAACAAGAAAUUUCACAAGCUAUGGAACAAGAUGGUGACACAGCCACAGAGACAAAAGAACAAGCUUCAAACCAUGGAGGUGACAAAUGGGACUACAAGAGUCACAUGAUGACCAAAUACACCACAAAGAUGGAUGUAUACCAUGGCUUUGAAAACAUUACUUCUGACUGGCCAGGAAUGCAAACACUGGUUGGUGCUUUUAAUCCAGACCAUAGGGGCUUCCAGCCUCGCACCGUGGUUCUGCAUGGAAAACCAGGAAUUGGGAAAUCAGCUUUGGCCAGAAAGAUCAUGUUGUGCUGGACACAAGGUGAACUCUACCAGGGCAUGUUCUCCUAUGUCUUCUUUCUCCAUAUUAGAGAAAUACAAAGGAUGGGGAAAAGCAGUUUUGCAGAGCUAAUUUCCAGAGAGUGGCCAGAUUCCCAGGCUCCAAUGAUGGAGAUCAUGUCCCAACCAGAAAGGCUCUUGUUUAUAGUUGAUAGUUUUGAUGACCUGGAUAUUGCCAUCCAAGAUGGUUAUACAAAGCUCUGUGGAGACUGGAUUGAGAAACACCCCGUGUCCAUCCUGAUGCAUAGUCUGCUGAAGAAAGUUCUUCUCCCUGAGUCCUCCCUAAUAAUCACUGCUACAGAUGUGGGCAUAGAAAAGCUCAAGUCGGUGAUUGUUUCUCCCCGUUACCUGUUAGUUGGAGGAAUCUCAGUGGAGAGAAGAAUUCAGUUGCUCCUUGAGCAGGUUAUAAAUGAGCAGCAGAAGAUGCACGUCUUACAUUCAGUGAUGGACAAUCAUCAGGUCUUUGACCAGUGCCAAGUCUCUGCUGUGUGCUCACUGAUCUGUGUGACUCUGCAGAUGCAGGAGGCAGCAGGAGAGGGUGUUGCCCCCAUUUGCCAAACUCUCACUGGCUUGUACGCCACUUUUGUGCUCCACCAGCUCACUCCACAAGAUGCGUUCCAGCGCUGUCUCAAUCAGGAGGAAAGAGCUGUCUUGAAGGGCAUCUGCCAUAUGGCUGUGAAGGGAGUAUGGAGUAUGAAGUCUGUGUUCUACAGUGAUGACCUGAGGGCCCAUGGACUGAGGGAGUCUGAACUCUCUGCUCUGUUCCAUAUGAACAUCCUUCUCCAAGACAGUCAUUGUGAGAGGUGUUAUACUUUCUUCCACCUCAGCCUCCAGGAAUUUUGUGCUGCCUUGUACUAUGUUUUGCAGGGGUUGGAAAGAGGGCUGGAUCCCUUCCCUCUGUUUAUUGAGAAUGUAAAGAGUUUGGCGGAGCUUAAACAAACAGGCUUCAACUUCCACUUGCUUUGGAUGAAGCAUUUCUUGUUUGGCCUCAUGAACAAAGAAGUGAUUAGGGCACUGGAGGUUCUGCUUGGUUGUCCUAUUCCCCUAGUGGUAAAGCAGGGACUUCUGCAGUGGGUCUCUCUAUUAGGUCAAUGGGCCAACACACCUGCCCCAGUAGACAUCCUGGACUCUUUCCACUGUCUUUUUGAGACUCAAGAUGAAGAGUUUGUUCGCCUGGCAUUGAAUGAUUUCCAGGAAGUGCGGCUUCCUAUUAACCAGAAAAUGGACUUGAUAGUAUCUUCUUUCUGUCUCCAGCACUGUCAGUAUUUGCAGAAAAUUCGGGUGGAUGUCAAAGAGAUCUUCUCAAGGGAUGAGCUUGCUAAGGCAUGGCCCAUGAUUCCCCUAUGGAUGCAAGGCAAGACCCUUGUUGAUGAGUGGUGGGAAGACUUCUGCUCUGUCCUUGGCACCCACCCAAAUCUGCGACAACUUGACCUGAGUAGCAGCAUUCUGAAUGAAUGGGCUAUGAAGACGCUCUGCAUCAAGCUGAGGCUUGCAACCUGUAAAAUACAGAAUCUGAUGUUUAAAAAUGCACAGAUUGCUCCUGGUCUCCAACAUCUCUGGAUGACUCUUAUUACCAACCGUAACAUAAGAUACCUCAACUUGGGAAGCACUCGCCUGAAGGACGAAGCUGUACAGACAGCGUGUGAAGCAUUGAAACACCCUAAUUGUUUGCUGGAGUCUUUGAGGUUGGACUGCUGUGGAUUAACCCACACCUGUUACCUGAUGAUCUCCCAAGUCCUUACCACAUCCACGAGUCUAAAAUCUCUCAGCCUGUCAGGAAAUCAAGUAACAGACCAAGGGAUGAAGCCUCUCUGCGAUGCCUUGAAGAUCCAACAAUGCAUCCUGCAGAGGCUGGCACUGGAGAACUGUGGUCUCACAGCUGUUGGCUGCCAGGUUCUGGCCUCAGCCCUCGUCAGCAACCAGAGCUUGACACACCUGUGCCUAUCAAACAACAACCUGGGGAAUGAAGGAGUGAAUCUGUUGUGUCGAUCCAUAAAACUUCCCAACUGUAGUCUACAGAGGCUGAUGCUAAACCAGUGCAACCUCGACGUACCGGGCUGUGGUUUUCUUGCUCUUGCACUCAUGGGUAACACACGUCUGACACAUCUGAGCCUUAGCAUGAACCCCUUGGAAGACAGUGGGAUGAAACUUCUCUGCGAGGUCAUGAGGGACCCAUCUUGUCAGCUCCAGGACCUAGAGUUGGAGGCAUGUGAAUUAACUUCUGACUGCUGUGAGACGCUUUCAUUGGCCCUCUCCUGCAACCGGCACCUGACCAGUCUAAAUCUGGUGCGGAAUAACUUCAGUCCUGCAGGAAUGGUGAAGCUGUGUUCAGCCUUUGCACACCCCAAGUCUAGUCUACAAAUAAUUGGGCUGUGGAAAUGGAAAUAUCCUAGGCAAAUAAAAAAGCUUCUGAAGGAUCUACAACUUGUCAAGCCUCACAUUGUAAUUGAUGGUGGUUGGUAUUCUUUUGAUGAAGAUGACCGGUACUGGUGGAAAAACUGA